AUGGAGUGGAAGUUAGAAAGAUCCGCAGCCCAGAAGGUCAAGACGGAUGAAGAUGUGUUGUGGGCAAAAAUCAUGAAAGCGCUUGGAACAGAUCUCAGAAAGAUCAGGAAACCACAUCUACAGACGCUGACUAAGGGCAUCGUUGAUACAGAGCUUCUGCCUGACGAACACACAUCGCAAGUGGAUAAUCGGGAGUUUCCAAUAACCGAGACUCCAGGCAAGACUUCAUAUUCACAUUUUAAAAGCUAUAUUGUGAAGAAGCUGGCAUCCCAAAUUCCAGUUGCUAGUAGCCCAAUUUCCACAAGAUGGCAGCAGGUGUGUGUCAGAAACCAAGCAGAGCAGUCCUUUGCAGAAUCUCCUCCAACAGAGCUUUCCACCUCAGGUGAUGGGUCUGACCUGACAGGGCCCUUUGGGAGGAUCACAGCAAUUCCAGUGUCUUCUAAGAUACUUCUUGAAACCACUGGCAAUGAAUCCAUAACAUUUACUAGUAACACUAAAUUGUAUGAAAGAAACAAAACACAGAAACAGGAAUGGCUCCAUCAGAUGUUCCCUUCCACUGAAGGGAAUGGGAAUCGUGGCUUUUCAGAAAAAGGAAACAUCAGGAUCUGUGGAAAACCCAAGUGCCUUUGGAAAGGUUGCAAGGAUGCAAGCAAGGCUGAAUGUGGUAUUCAGAGCAUUUCAGCUCAUGCGAAUGGCUUUUCACUACUGGAGCCACAGAUUCGGUUUCACAUCACUGGUUUACGCAAUGACUACUACCUAAACCUAUUGGAUUGGAGCCAAGGGAAUCUCAUUGCUCUUGCUCUAGGAUCUGCUGUACACAUCUGGAAUGGAGAAAGAAACCAAAAUAUGGAAAGCCUAGAUUUAUGUUCCCGUUACAAAUAUAUCGCUUCUGUAGCGUGGAUGAAAGAAAAUGCUUAUCUUGCAUUCGGCACAAGUGAUGGAGAAGUGCAGUUGUGGGACAUUGAAACUCAAAAGAGGCUGCAAAAUAUGUAUGGCCACAUGUCUGUAGUUGGAGCCAUGAGUUGGAAUGGGUAUAUGCUUAGCAGUGGUUCAAGGCUAGGAUAUGUUUAUCAUCAUGAUGUCCGGGUGGCUCAACGUCACAUUGGGAUGGCGCGGCAAAGCAAGCAGAGUGUUUGCGGCCUCCAGUGGUCCCCAGACAACAAACUACUGGCUUGUGGUUCUAGUGAUGGUCUACUGAAUAUUUGGUCUAAUCAUCAAUGUGGAACAAUACAGUGUAAGCCAGUGACCUCCAUACUCCAUUCCUCAGCAGUAAAGGCAAUGUUGUGGUGUCCAUGGCAAUCUGCAGUAAUAGCCACAGGAGGUGGAAUGAAGGACAGAUCUUUGCACAUCUGGAACAUAAGCAGCCCAGAAGACCUCAAAACUGUAAAUACAGAAUCUCAGAUAUGUUCCCUGGUCUGGUUACCAAAGACUGAAGAUAUAGUGACGGGGCAAGGCCACCCUUACAAUAAGAUGAAUAUCUGGAAGUAUCCUGUGCUUUCAAAUUCAGCAGAGUAUUAUGAUCACAAAGGAAGAGUUUUGCAUAUGGCAGUGAGCCCAGAAGGAAACAGGAUCUUUACUGCUGCAGCUGAUGGGACGGCCUAUGUGUGGAAGUGCAGGCUGUAAGCAAGCACAGUGUUAUCUUCAGAAAGAAAAUAGUUCCCAUUCCCUCUAAUGGCUCUU